AUGCCAAUAAAACAAACUAUUGUGAAUAGACUUCAGCGUCGAAAUUUUUAUCAUUUUAUUGUGUAUGUGUUAUUCUACUAUGUUGUCGAAAGGAGCAUCGCGACAGCUAUGCCGCACGACUGCGCCUAUCGCGCACCCGAGAUGGAUUCGUCUGAAGAUGCUGUGCUUUUUUGCAAAAUUCGAACUAUAAGCAGUUUGGAUAAUCUCUUGCAAAAUAUCAGUCGAACCCAUUUUGACGAUAUAACAUCGUUGCAUGUACAAUGUAGUGAGAUACUAUUCUUCGAGAGCACGCUUGCAGCACAAACGGAAAAGACAUCUGGAAAACAUUCAAAUCUAGACAAGCUAAGAGAUCUUGUCAUUGACAAAUGUAAGAUACGUAAGAUACCGGCACAUGCGUUCGAGAAUUUCAAAGACCUUAAAUCUCUGCACAUUACAACGCACAACAGUGAAUGGUCUGCAAUAACUAUGGAGUUAAAUGAACAUGCUUUUACGAACUUAAGUGAGUUAAUUGAACUAGAUUUAAGUGACAAUAAUAUCUGGAGUACCAAAACUGAAACCUUUUGUUCAUUGUAUAGUUUAAAAACCUUAAAUUUGACUAAAAAUCAUUUGCAGAACAUUAAAACUAUUGGUUUCUCUGAUUCUUUACGAGAACAAAACUUAAGUAUAAAAAGUUGUAAUUUAGUUUUAGAAGCUCUUGAUAUGUCUUAUAACGAUUUGAUUGUUAUAGCAGAAAAUAGCUUAUCUAAGUUGCGCUCAUUGUUGAAACUAUUUUUGCAGAAUAAUGCAAUUUCAACUCUCGAAGACGGCGCCUUUGAGGGCCUUAUUAGUUUACAAGUUUUGAACAUGUCAAGUAAUUUUUUGAACAGUAUACCGCCUGAUAUUUUUUCAGAUACAAAAUUUCUUAAGGAAAUUAUUUUAAGUAACAAUACAAUAAAUGUUUUACCGCCUGGACUCUUUAGAGGCUUGGAACAACUCCAAGUGUUAGAUAUUUCAUAUAACGAACUAACUAGUCAGUGGAUAAAUAAGGGCACAUUCGUAGGGUUAUUGCGUAUGGUUAUAUUAAAUAUUUCUUUUAACAGACUUAAUAGAAUAGACCGCUAUAUGUUUCAGGACUUAUAUAGUUUGCAAAAAUUGAAUUUAGAACAUAAUGAAAUAGCAUCUAUAGAUGAGCAUUCAUUUGAAGAACUGAGAAAUCUACAUUCACUUACGCUCUCAAAUAAUAAACUUUUGCAUAUUCAUACACACAUUUUUACAGAUUUGCACGUAAUACACGAACUAUUUCUGGACAAUAACAAAAUCAGACACAUAGACGAAAAUGCUUUUGACAAUAUGACUACGAUUGAGGAUUUAGGCUUAAAUGAUAACUUUUUACCCUCGAUUCCUUCUUCAAUUCGCAAAUUACGAUCCCUCAGAUCCUUGGACAUAGGGAACAACAAUAUAACCCAUUUAAACCGAGAAAACUUUCGAGGUCUGACAGAACUUUUCGGUUUGCGUCUUGUAGAUAACAGAAUUACUCAUUUAAACGAAGAUACUUUUGAACAUUUAUCUCAGCUGCAGGUACUUAAUUUAGCGUCUAAUAAAAUAAAAAUAGUCUCGUCUGGAUGCUUUCGUAAAAAUAUUAAAUUAAAAUUACUACGGAUGGACGGUAACGAAAUUACAAAGUUUGACGGAAUAUUUUCUACAUUAAAUAGUUUAGUAUGGUUAAAUAUGUCUGCAAAUAAAAUUUCAUCUUUUGAUUUUGACAGUUUUCCAAGCAGCUUAGACUGGCUAGAUUUACAUAUGAAUUACAUUGACACAUUUUACAAUAACGAUAUGAAUUCGAAUAUUAACAUAAAACUAUUGGAUUUAAGUUAUAAUAAUAUAACGGAAUUAACAGUGACAUCAAUACCAAAAUCAGUUGAAAAACUAUAUUUAAAUGAUAAUAGCAUACGCCAUAUACAUGUCGGCGCUUUUUCAAAAUUGUCAAGGUUAUCAAUUGUGACAUUAAACAAUAAUAAAAUAGUACAGCUUGACAUGAAUGCCUUCAGAUUAGAUCAAAUAAAUGAAGAUAACGACUUACCCGAGUUCUUUAUAAGUGGAAAUCCAUUUCUUUGUGACUGUUCUAUGGAAUGGAUUCAACGAAUCAAUUAUUUAAGUCACAGCCGACAAUACCCACGUGUUUUAGAUCUCGAUAAAGCGUUUUGUUCAUUGGUUCAUUCGCGUAUUAAAGAGAAAAAAAAGAUAAUAGAUAUGUCACCUUCUGACUUUCUAUGUCCAUACGAAAGUCAUUGCUUUGCUCUUUGUCAUUGUUGUGAUUUUGUUGCUUGUGAUUGUGAAAUGAUUUGUCCAAAUAACUGUCGAUGCUAUCAUGAUAUUACGUGGAACGCUAAUGUGGUAGACUGUUCAAACGCCGGGUAUACAGAGGUGCCGGAUAGAAUUCCAAUGGAUGCAACUGAAAUAUAUUUAGACGGAAAUGAUAUCAGUAAUUUGGGCAAUCAUAUAUUCAUUGGUAAAAAAAAGUUGCAAAUUUUAUACCUAAAUAAUACAAAGCUGAAAGAAGUAAAUAAUCUAACGUUUAAAGGUAUCGAAUCAUUAAGAGUUUUGCAUUUGGAAAAUAACAAGUUAGUCGAAUUGAAAGGGGAUGAAUUCGUACAUUUGAACCAUUUAAAUGAACUAUAUCUAGAUCAUAAUGCAAUAGUACAUGUUGCAAACAAUACAUUUUCUUCAUUAAAAUCACUGUCAGUUCUUAGAAUAGACGACAAUAAGCUUGUCAAUUUUUUCCCUUGGAAACUUUUAGCUUCAUCCUCUAAAAGUUUAGCACAUGUUUCUAUAGAGGGUAAUCAAUAUUCUUGUGAUUGUAAAAGUAUAGCAGAAUUAGAUACUUGGCUUCGUAAAGACCCAGGAGAUCCAGAAAAAAUGCUUUGUUCUGAUACUGAGGGAAAACCAACCAAAAUAACAAUUGCAUCAGUUUUAAGUCAUUGCAAGGAAUAUCUAGGAUCAAUAAGUGAUCCAUCGGUUUCAAAGAAUGAAAUCGUUUCUAAGUCCUUAUUUCUUCCUAAUAACUACUUUGCGAUUAUAUGUGGGGUUAUAAUUAUUGUAGUAAUAAUAUGUCUUAUAGGUGCUAUAUUUUAUGCUUUCAGAUAUGAUGUCAGUGAUUGGUUGUACACUAAAUACGGUGUACCUUUGUUUAAAGAACAGUCAUGUCCCAAUGUUGAUCACGUUUUGGAGGGAAAUCCGAAUCACGUGUACGAUUACUAUGUGAUAUGUAAUACCAAAGAUACUCAUUUCAUUUAUCAUAACAUAAUGUCAGAGAUAGAAUUCAGAAAAAUGUCCUCAAAAAAGUUUCCAUUAAAUGAAUCCACCUUGAAUAUACUAACGUUAGAUAGCUUUUCAAAAUCUUCAAAAUUAUCUAAACGUCUUCUCAUUGUUUUAACGACCAAUUUUAUUUGUAACGAUCUUUGUGAUUUUCAUUUCAAGAAUAUGUUUUAUAGCUAUUUAAAGUCUUUGAAUCGUAGUGAUUUGAAUAAGGUAAUAUUCAUUAAGAUAGUAGAUAACAACCAAAUAAACGACGAACUUUGUUUUGUAUUAGAUAAGUUUAAAAAUAUAUCGUGGAACGACCCGCGUUUCUGGGAUAGAUUUAUCGUUUUACUUAAUUCAACCGACACCAUUAUCACUGUAAAGAGCUCCGAGAAGAGCGUAUUCAAGAAGUCAUUACGUCAGACCCCGACGUUAAGAUACACUACAAUGCCGGUCACAAACGAUAGUUGUUCAAGGCAGAAUUUUUCGAAUUCUUUGCAAUAUUACAAGAGGAACGACGGGGAAACAUCGCAGAAUGAAAGUUCUCCUUCGUCGGAUAACACGUAUGGGGAAGGGAACAAUUCGAACAAUAGUUACAUGUCUAUUGACAACAGGACAUGUCCCCGUUUUAAUUAUGACCUCAGGCUCUCCCCAAGUAGUGGUCAUGAUUAUUCUAGGGUCGAAGAUAUAUCUCCCACUGUAUCUCGUUCUAUUACGAGCACUACUGCUAAAGGUCGCACUUAUUUUGUC